AUGCAAAUUAUAUCAAUAAUAUCAUUCUAACUUGACAUGAAUCAAAAUCAGCUUCAGGCUCUACCUCUGCUAAGCAGCUUCCUUGGUUCAGCACCACAAGAAAGUUUACUAACAAACCAAAAUCCAAAACCAUGCCAUAGUACUCAAGCAGAAGAUGUCACAGUGGCCUUACACAUAGGCCUCCCUGACAAUUCAAGUGGCUCCACCAAUAAUAAUGGAUUUGUGAAUGCAGCACCUCAAGUUCCUCACAAUUACUGGAUACCAACUCAAGAGCAGAUCCUCAUUGGAUUCAGCCAUUUCUCUUGUCCUGUCUGCCUCAAAACCUUUAAUCGUUACAACAACCUUCAGAUGCAUAUGUGGGGACAUGGAUCACAGUAUCGUAGAGGACCAGACUCACUGAAACGAACUCAUCCACGACCCUUGUUAGACAUUCCAUGCUAUUGUUGCUCAAUAGGAUGCAAGAACAACAUUGAGCACCCAAGAGCCAAGCCUUUGAAGGAUUUUAGGACACUGCAAACACACUACAAGAGGAAGCAUGGUGCGAAACCCUUUACAUGUCGCAAGUGUGGGAAGCCUUUGGCUGUCAAGGGUGAUUGGCGAACCCAUGAGAAAAACUGUGGCAAGCGCUGGCUAUGUGUUUGUGGUUCAGACUUCAAGCAUAAGAGGUCACUUAAAGACCAUAUCAAAGCAUUUGGCUUUGGCCAUAGCCCUUUUUCUUCAUCUGAGAGCAUGUAA